UCGUUCAUUAUAUAUAUACUCACUUUGCAAGACCAUUUUAUCAUAUUACAUUAUGGCAUCCCACACUCCUCUUGAAGUGAAAUUUGCUGAGCUUGAAAAAGCAGAGCAAAUGCACCAAAACUCACGCCCCAAAAUCCAAAGGGUUGCAGCAUAUCUCAGAAAUAGAAAAAAUAUUGACAAGCAAUACUCACCCAAGUUGCUGUCAAUAGGUCCAAUCCAUCAUGACAAUCCAAACCUCAAGUUAGGAGAGAACUAUAAGCUUACCUGGGCAGUAAAAUACAUCCAAAGCACCCAUCAAACUCGAGAAUAUCUACACCAAAAGAUUGCCGACAACAUUAAUGAACUCAAGGGUCUUUAUACCGACGAUGUUUUAGCUUUAGCCAAUACUGCGGCGUCUCUAAAAGACUUCCACAGCCUUGAAGAAAAGCUGUCAUGGCUGUUGUUCGUGGAUGGAUGUUCUUUGCUGUAUAUUUUGGAGAAGCUGAGGCUUUCUCAAACUGAUAAACCAAAAAAUGAGAAUCCUGCUGAUCAACAUGGUAAACAAAAAGACAGGAAUACUAAUGCUGAUCAAAUUGGUGAACAGGAACACGCGAGUAUUAAUGUUGAUGAUAAGACUGAUGAUAAGGUUGAUGAUGAAGCGGAAGGUCAUCUGAAUAUUAAGGUAGAUCAACUUGUUCUUGUGAUGAUGGAUGUGCUUUUAUUGGAGAAUCAGCUUCCUUAUCGAGUACUGAACCUGUUGUGGAAAAAUGACGACGAGAAUUUGAUACAUACUAUGAAGGAUUUUCUCAAAAAUUAUCAUUGGACCCCACCGGAUAAGAAAACCUGGAGGUUUCCAGAUAACUUGAUACCAGAUAAAUUGAUACCAGAUAAAUUGAAAGAUGCUACUAAGACAAAACAAAAAACUGCAGUGGACAAUAAGACGACCGGGAGGAGCCCACCAACUCAUCUUCUUGAUCUUCAGCGUAAAAUCAUCCUCAAGAUUGAAGAUAAAAAUGAAGCUGACAAGAUGGAGAACAAGAAUCAAAGUGGAAUAAAUUCAGAUGAAAUGAUGAAAUACAGGAACAUACAAGAUCUAAAAACAGUAGGAAUAACACUUAAACUAAGCAAGACACAAAAUCCAACGGACGUAAAUUUCUCGAAGAGUUGGUUUCGUGCUCGUGCGAAACUGACUCUUCCUAAGAUUGUUGUGGACGAUACAACAGAGGUUUCUUUCCUGAACCUGAUUGCGUAUGAGAUGUGUCCCGAUUUUAAGAACAACUACGGAAUAUGUUCAUAUGUGGUUUUCAUGGACUUGCUGAUUGACCAUCCUGAAGAUGUUAAGGAAUUGAGAUCAAAAGGUAUUUUGCUGAAUUCACUUGGGAGUGAUGAGGAAGUUUCUGAGCUUUUCAACGUCAUAAGUACUGACUUGGUACAUAACCAAGAAACAUAUCAUGAAGUUAAAGCUAAAAUACACAGGCAUUACAGUAACAGAUGUAAUGUUUGGAUAACGCAGGGUUAUCAUACUUAUUUCGGCAAUCCUUGGGCUAUCACUGGUUUUGUCGCUGCACUUAUUGCACUUGGUCUCACUUGCGUUCAAACAUGGUUUUCCAUUUUCCCGCGUGGUGACUAGCUUAUAAACAUGGUUUGUUGUGUGGAAUUGUCAUCUUGUCAGGAAACUAGUCUACUUCACUUCUCAGAGGAUUGUGUUGAACUUUUCUUUAUCACUUCGUGAGUCUUCACUAUGAGUAUGUAUCUCAUAAAAAAAAGAGUGCCUUUUGCUUUGUGUGUGCGAUUGUUUGUUUUUCAUUUUUUAAGAGGUGUGUGAUUGAAUUGAAACAUCUAGUUUUCUUUAUUCAAAAUAUUGUUCUGAUUAAUGAUUUAAGUGUUUCUAUAUUGCUGUUAUUGUUUAAUCAUGUAUUCAUAUAUACAUUAAUAAGUGAAUAAUAU